AACUAUGCAGGUAAUAUUAUUGUAUAUACAAUUCUAGACAGAACCACCAUGAGCAAGAUAAAUGGCGAUUCCAACUUUGCACUGGACAGAACCGAUUGGUGUAUGAGGAUUGUGUGUCUGAUCAUAUUUUAUGAAGCAGGUGUUUCAGCCAUACAAAUAGACGGUCCAUUGGAGCCCGCAGAUGGAAGUAACGUAACUCUUACAUGCAUUGUCAAGGGAAGUUUUCGAUUCAUGUUUCUAAAUUCCGAUAAUGUUCGGACCGCUAUCGGGGAAUGUACAGCAUUUGAUGACUGCUACUUAUAUAGCUCUGCGCUGAGAGACCAAUAUGAGAUCACCAAAACGGAUGAAGGAGCAACACUAACAAUAAUCAAUAUUGACGGAUACAGAUUUGGCGUGUAUUCCUGUUCUGCAUUGUUCAAUGCCACCUUGUCUGACAGCAUACGUUUACAACAAAAGCCACAGUCAAUGGAUUUUACAAAUACGUGUACAGAUUCCCGCCGGCAUUCACUGUUGUUAUCGGUGAUUUUGUUGUUUUUAUAUUGUGAUUAUACUUGUUUAUGAACGUCGAAGGGGUUCGUGGUCACUCUGGUUGUAACGAUACAUUUUAACACAUGAAUGGGUUCACUUCAUGUCCAAUAAUUUAUUCUAACGCAAUGCAUGCCGAUUAUAAAUAUAUGAAUA